CAGAGGAGGGGCCAGGCCUGGGACCAAAACCAGAUGGAAGAGGAACAUCCCAGGAGGCAGGGGCAGGGCCUCGCUCUGCCUCCUCCGAGGUCUGUCCCGUCCUCGUUCCUGUCCCCCGACCCCCCCCCCCCUCAGCCUCCCAUUGGCUGGCACGGUUCCGUGGAGGGACUCCACGUGGCAACCUGGGCUGACCUCACACUGGUGGCUCCAAGGCAGAACCAGAGGCCGGGCAGGGAGCCUGGCCCCAGCGGAACGGCUCCUUUCGCCCGCAGGAUAAGAGAGGACGGUGCUGGAGAGAUGGGCCAGCCUCGGCGUCCCUUCGCCCUCCUAAUUUUGUUUUUAAUGGGAUGGCCGUUGCGUGUGUGCUUGCCUGAUGCAGGUGAGUUCAGACCUAGUUGGAAAAAUGACAGGCCUUUUAAAAUAUAUGUGGUUUUUUUUUUUAAUUUAUUUCAGAGAAGAAGGAAGAGCUGGGUGAGAGAGAGAGAAAAGCAUCCAGGAUGAGAGAGAAUCAUGGAUCGGCUGCCUCCUGCACUUGCCCUGCUGGGGAUCGAGCCCGCAACCUGGGCGUGUGCCCUGACCCAGAAUGGAACCGUGACCUCCUGGUUCAUAGAGUCGACUCUCUCAACCAGCCGGGUUAUUUUUCCAUUUUAACGAGAGUGGAGGGGAGUGGAGGAGACAGAGAGAAACAUCGAUGUGAGUCAGACACAUCUAUUGGUUGCCUCCUGCAUUGAGCCUGCAACCUGGGCAUGUGUCCUUGACUGGAAUCGAACCCGGGACCCUUCAGUCCUUAGGCCGGCGCUCUAUCCACUGAGCCGCACCGGCCAGGGCUCACCUCUUGCGCCUUUGUUCAGUCUGUACAAACAGUGCUUCUCUGUGUGUGUGUGUGUGUGUUGCUUUCUGUUUCCAGGCGAUAGGAAGGGUGACAUACCUGAGCUGGUAAAGGACGACUCGUCGCGUUCGCCGGCCCCCAGCGCCAGCACCUGGGAUGCAGGUGGGUGGCACGCCCCCGGGCUGCCCUGUGGGGUCCUUUCCUCCCAGCACGAGCCCCCCUGGGCCCAUCAGGGCAGCCCUGAGCUAUAAACAAGGCCACCUUCCUGGGGUUCGGGCUACGUAGGUGGCAGGUGCGGCCGCCCUGGACAAGCAGCCUGGCCAGUGUGGCUCAGGGACGCACGUCUCCACAGAGCAAGGCGGGCAGGUGGGAGGGGAGCCCGCAAUGAUGUGGAAAUUCAGAUUAUCCCUGUUCACACAGGCUGGGCAAUCUCGCCUCCUUAUUUUAUUUUAUUUUUAUUUUUUACUUUAUUUUAUUUUAUUUUAUAAGUAGUUUUUUAUUGUUGAUGGUAUUACAGAUGCCUCCCAUUUCCCCCCGCCUCCCAGCCACUAUCCACCCCCAGGGCUUCAUCACCCUAUUGCCCGUGUCCAUGGGCUGUGCAUAUAAGCAUAUACGUUCUUUGGUUUAUCUCUUCUCGUCCCCCCACCCUCACAUCAAGGUAUGUUAGUCUGUUCCCUGCCUACCUGCUUCCGGUCUUAUCCUAUUGGUCAAUUCAUGUUGUUCAUUAGAUUCCACAGCGCCGAGUCCGCGUCGACGUGCUCUUGUUCGAGUCGUUACCGUCGCGUGCGCGGCCUUGAGCAUGGCCUUGGUCUGCGGGGUCGCUGUUUCCUACGUGCUAUAUCGACUGGGACAGGAUGAGGAGAGGGAACAGCUUGCCGCGCUUCAUGAAAAUAUCGAGAUACCACUGUCCGGAGACGAAGAGGAGGCCUUCAGGGCCGGGCGCCCCGGCGAGGCUGGGUAUCUGCUUUCGGGGAACGAGAAGGAGCUGGCGGAGUUCAUUAAUUCAGCCAUUAGGUCAAAAAGGAGACAGCAUCUCGAAGGAGCAGGAUUGGAGAGCGCGCAGAAGCAGUAGAGGAAGCAGAACGCUGAAUGCCGGGCCCCUUGCAAACGUGGGAAACCGUGAAAGCCAGCGAGAGCCGCAGGCCGCGCUGCCCCGUGUGGGGAACACAUGGUGGGACGUCAGCUUGAGGACAUGCGGACCCUCAGGGAAGAGAACUAGAAAUAAAUCACACAAAAUAAAUCCACAACAUAGUCAUCCUUGCCUCUUAGCUCUCAUGGUUCACGAAUAAUUAUAGUGUAACAGGAAAGAGGAAAAUCCAACUUCGUAAGUAUGAACGAGAAAUUGUCUGCAUUUUCUUUCCUUGCUCCCAACCAGAAAUACAAGGAAUUUCUUUGGGGAACCUCCCAGACCAUGCUGGGGAGCCCCGUUCCCUAAACCGUAUGU